AUGCAACCAAGAAGGAGGUAUGAAGCUGUGCACACUCAAGGCGAACGACCAGUAAGUCCAAACCACGUUCCAAGUCCUCCGUCCCUUUAUUCUCCUCCCUUCCCCCUCCCCAUUCCACGUGCAGCCAUGUUGGCAGUCAAGAAGGAGGGGCUGAAGCUCAGCACGCUCAAGGCGGAGGACCAGGAGGCUUUAGCCACAUCCCAAGACCUAGUCCCUUCCUUUCUCAUCCCCCUUUCCUCCCUCCCUGCAGCCAUGUUGGCAGUCAAGAAGGAGGGGUUGAAGCUCAGCACGCUCAAGGCGGAGGACCAGGAGGCCCCGGCCAUCUCCGAGAGCUUCGAAGUAGACGCAGACUCAACAGCGCCGCAUGCAGCCAUCCCUGCAUCCACGCUCGUGCCCUUCCCGCUGUUGCUGAGCGCGGAGGCCUACACCCCCUGGACCAUCCCCUUCCGCAGCGCCAAGGACCCCCCCGGCCAGCUCACUGACACGGAGACCACGUGGAUUGAUGUCUUCCGCCGCAGCAUUGAGCCCUUUGGGAAGCGAGCAGCCGGCGACGAGUCUGUGGAGAACGCUGCAGAGAAGGCGAAGGUCUUUGAAGAGAAAUACACAGCAAUCCUCGAUGAUUUUGCCAAGGACCCUAGCAGCCACGGAGGCCCUCCCAACCCAAAUCUGUGCCGGCUGAGGGAAGUCUGCUUGACAGAGGCCGGUUUCAAUGACAUCUUCAAGAAGACCAAGGCGGAGGAGAACGAGAAGGCGCUGGCGAUGCUGCCGGCGACGCUGAAGAGAAUCGACGCUGUGGAGGAUCUUAAAGAGAGGAUAGAGGUGCUGGUUAAGGGCGUGCUGGCAGGGAACAUCUUCGACCUGGGCGCCAACAACUCCGCAGCGCUGGUGGAGGGCGAGGGCCUGUCAUUCGAGAAGAGCUUCGAGCAGCUGCUGCCACGCCCGUGGGUGUUUGACCACGUGGCCGAGUUCCAGAAGGCGUGGCUCGACCGCACGUGGAAGAAGGUGGUUGUCUUCUAUGACAACUCCGGAGCAGACCUCGUACUGGAGCUGGUGGUGGUAUUCUGUGACAACUCCGGGGCAGACCUCGUGUUGGGGGUGCUGCCGCUGGUGAGGGAGUUGGUGAGGCAAGGCGCACAGGUGGUGGUGGCGGCUAACGACAUGCCCUCCAUCAAUGACGUCACCUACAACGAGCUCCUGUCUCUUGUGCAAAAGCUGGUGAGGGAGCUGGUGAGGCAAGGCGCACAGGUGGUGGUGGCCGCUAACGACAUGCCCUCCAUCAAUAACGUCACCUACAACGAGCUCCUCUCCCUCGUGCAAAAGGUGCAAGUGACAGUAGAGGACGAGACUAUAAGCGCAGGCAUUGACAGUGGGCGUAUCCUUAUUGUCAACUCAGGCAGCGAUGUUCCUGUUGCUGACCUGGCACACAUCUCCCCUGAGCUGGCAUUUGCUGCUGAAGACGCUGAGCUGGUCAUUAUGGAGGGCAUGGGUCGUGCCAUAGAGACCAAUCUGCAUGCGCUCUUGACAUGUGACAAGCUCAACAUCGGCAUGGUGAAGCACAAGGAGGUGGCUGAUUUUCUGGGUGGUCGCAUCUACGACUGUGUGGUCAAAUACACCCCGGGAGACUAUGUCCCCACCCCCUCCCGAGCUCCCAAGGUCCCAACGCACCUGUCAUCUGCAUGA